AUGUAUGACAUCGACAUAAACGCGUAUUAUCGCCCAAAAGAACAAUUAGAGUCGCGAACGAGUUCCACGAGAAGCCCAUCAUUAAUAGGUCGCACUGAAACACUUGAUGUGUCAAAAUUAAACAAGCUUUUACAAAUAGUUGAUAAAACAUGGAUCGUUCCUCGAAGCGGAAUCACUGAACCUGUCGGUUCAAACUUUCAGUACAAAAAGACUUGUGCAAAUAUUUACGCGUCUAGAAUUGGUGCUUGCCAACAAAUCGGUUUCGGGAUUAUGUGCUUUAAUUAUUGUUUUGAGAAAGGUGAAAAACUGCAAUUCGUAUGUCAGGAUGCAUCCGAUCCAGCGUAUUGCAGAACCAACUCUUUAUUUGACACAAACCUUAUGAAACACAAAAAUGACCCAUAUAAAGCUAAAGCAUAUAUACAUCAGAAGGGAUGCGUUAAAAAAGGGAUGCGUUGGCUUCGUCUGGCUGCCAAAGGUUUUAAUGGUAAUACUUUAGUAAUUUCACGCUGUUAUGCAACUUCAAUUUGCAACCCUCAAACUGGAAUCUUGAACAGCACAAUGGUUAAUGAAAAUGUUAAGAAGUUUAAAAGAAACUAG